GGAAGUGGCCUUCCUUCGCUUCCUGCCGUCCCCGUCUGUGUGUGUGUGUGUGUGUGUGUGUGUGUGUGUGUGUCCAUAUCCCAACAAUAUGGUGACAAAACACUCAGUGCAGAGAGGCGAAGAACAAGGAUUUGGAGACGUCGGAGUGACGACGGAAAAAAAAACCCCACAGCAAGUUGAAGCAAUUGCAAAAUUGUCAGAGUGGAUUAGGAAAGUGUGAAGGGAGGUGGCUAAACUGCUGUGAUGGAUUAUGAACCCAAGAAAUCCAAAAAGGGUUUGGUGUCUCCCAUUAAGCGUCUGGUGUGGUCCAAAGCCAGUCGCAGGCCGGCGGAGCGAGGCAGCGUUUACCGGCGUCCCCUGCACACCGUCCCGCUCUACCCUCCCGACUUCCUCAUCCACCCCGAAAGACUCAUCUUCGACUACGUGGAGAAGGAGGUCAAGUUUCUGGGUCACCUGACCUGGGUUUCGGUCUCUCUGAACCCUUCCAGUCGAGAUGAACUGCUGCAACUGCUGGACACAGCCAGGGUUAGUAGUCAAAGUCAUCAUUGAGCCGUCAGGUUUCCGUCUUAUCCAAACUUUUUGGGAACAAUCUUCAACUGAUCAGCCCGACACCUUU